UGGAGCGAGAGGCUCGAAAUGCGACUGCCGAUCGAGUCGCAGCGACAGUACGCGGAAGUUUAUUGCGCCGAUCUUGUACACAAUCCUCAAGGUCGUGCCAGAGAUAAAGUUUACUUAUCGUGACGAGAGAUGCAUGUGCUUCCGGAGUCGUUCAUGAUGUUCACCUGCGCUGGUGUUUGGCAACCGGUUCACUGGAGCGCGUGCGAUUCCCGCUUUCUUCUCUACAAACUCUACACGCUAUUUUCGAUUGUUCUCGUUUACACCCUCACGAUAUCGGAACUCAUGGGUGCGAUCUUACUGACGCAAAGCCUCGAGGACUUUACCGACAUAUCGUUCCUGCUCAUAUCGACAAUCAGCGUCUGCUGCAAAAUUGCGAGUAUCAUCGCCAGGAGAGAUAGGGUCAUCCACUUGACAGAGAUGCUGUUGGAGGUGCAGUGCAUACCCAAGAACGUCAGGGAGUUGGAGAUAACCAGAAAGUUCGAUAAGAUAGCGAGAUUCACAGCUCUAUCCUGCAUCGUACUGGCUGAAGCGACGGUGGUCGUGAUGUCGACCGGUCCGUUGUUCCAAAAAGCGGAAAAUCGCACUUUGCCCUUCAAGUCCUGGUUGCCUUACGACUCGACGACUACUCCCUGCACCUUCUGGCUCUCGUACGUUCAUCAGACGGCUGCGAUCGUACUCUGCGCCACUGUGAACGUAGCCAAUGACUCGCUUAUCUGCGGGUUCAUGACCCACAGCUGCUCGCAGCUCGAGUUGCUAAACCGAAGAUUACUGGAAUUACCACGAGCUGUCAAGUUGAAGAUGAAAAAAUUACCCAGGAGAUUGAUGUGCAACGUGGAAGCGAUGAUUGUGUCGAGGCAUGUGAAACAUCAUGUGCAUAUUUUUAAAUUUGCAGAAAACAUUAACGUAAUAUUUACACCAGUGAUUCUCGUACAGUUUUGUAUGAGCUCGAUAGUUCUGUCAUUGAGUGUGUAUCAAUUGGCAGUAAGAAGUGCUAACGGAAUCCAGUUUAUCACCAUGGUUAUGUAUUUGACGUGCAUGUUGGUACAAUUUUUCAUGUAUUGUUGGUUUGGAAAUGAAGUGACAUUAAAGAGUGUGGAGUUUGGGCAGGCAAUUUAUAACAUCGAAUGGACAAGUCUGCAGGUGCAAACCAGCAAAGACUUGAUGAUCAUGAUGAUUCGAGCAAAACGUCCUAUCAUAAUGUCAUCUGGCGCUUUAGUUACGUUAUCCAUUAAGUCAUUUACAUCUAUUUUAAAAGCUUCUUAUUCAACUUUUAAUGUUCUUCAACGAUCGUCACAUAACUAAUAUAUCAAGAUAAUCACGUGUGAGUGCUGACAACGGCUUGACAAGAAAUACCAGACAAAUAUCUAUUGUUUUAUAUGUAAAUCGCAUCGAUAUAAGUGUAUGUGUAAAUGUGCGUGUCUAUUGAUAAAAAUACAGCUAAGAAAUUGUUUAA